AUGGCGGGCCAAUGGAAAAAAGCCACGGAUAGUAAUGGGAAGGUGUACUAUUACAAUACCGUUACCAAGGAGUCUCGAUGGGACAAACCUGUUGAGGAUACAACAGACUUGAAACAGAAACUAAGAGAUGCUGGCUGGAAUGUUGCCAAGACCAAAGAAGGUAAAGUCUAUUACUACAAUGUGAAGACAAAAGAAUCAAGAUGGGAUAAUCCACUUGCGGAAAAGGCUACUGAAAAGAAAACUAAAACAGGUCAAAUCAAGAAGACUACGAUAGAUCAAGUCAAGAACACAGCUAACACUAACGAGCAUAGCAAAGGAAAUACAGUUGCUUUAGCCACUACUAAUAACACAGAAAAAUACGCAAACACUUCCAAAAUCUUAAACGUGAAAAGUCUAACGAAAGAUGAAGCUGAAAAGGCCUUCAUGGAUAUGCUAUCAGAACACCAGGUGGAUUCCUCUUGGUCUUUUCAUAAAAUGGUUGUCGAUUUGGGCUUAAAAGAUGAAAGGUUUUGGAUAGUAGAUGAUGAUCCGCUUUGGAAACAAAACAUUUUGGACAAAUAUCUAUCGAAUAGAUCAGAAGAGCAGUUAAUUAAAGACCAUGCUCAGGCAAGUAAGUUUUUGGAGGCAUUUGGUAACUUACUAAAGAGCAAUAAAAACAUACAUUAUUACACUAGGUGGACAACGGUAAAAAAAAUGCUCGCCAAUGAAUCGAUAUUUAAACAUGCUGUAGUACCUGAGAAAGAGAUGAAAAGAAAGUUUAACGAUUACAUAAGAAGACUAAGAGAAGAAAAGGAUAAGAAAGAUGAAAGUAUUAAAGAAUUAGCUUUAAGGGAGGUAAAUGAAUAUCUGAGGAGCAUAUUGAUAGCCCCACCAAAUACCAUUGAAAGUACAAUCGAAGUUAAAAUGACUUGGUCACAACUGCAACGUGAAUACAUCACAGGAAACAAAAGAUUUGCUGCUAAUAAACAUUUUCGAUUAUUGUCACAGCAUGAUAUUUUGAACCAAUACAUCGAAUUAGUAAAAAUAAUUCAGGGUAACCUUGCAUCGAAGGUGAGUGAUAUCGAGAAGAAGAACUAUAGUAGAAAUAGAAUGGCAAGAGAUCAAUUUAAGGUGAUGCUGAAGCAACCAAAGCUGGAUAUACGAGCUGACUCGAAGUGGUCCGAACUCUAUCCCAAGAUAAAAUCCGAGAAAGCCUUUCUGCAACUAGUUGGUAGGAAUGGAUCAUCACCAUUAGAUCUAUUUUAUGAUUAUACUAAUGAGAAAAAAGCUGCUAUUAAUGGCUAUGCUUCUGUUGCACAACAGAUUUUAAUUGAUAAUAGUUAUGUUUGGGCAGGUAUUGAAGACUCUACAAGGAUAUCAAAAAAUAUAACUGAAUUUGAAAAGGCGAACUUUCAAAACAUUUCUGGUAUCAUACACGAGGAUGGCAAACUAGCUCUUUUAGAUGAGAAGGACACACAGCUAGUUGUCAAACAGGCAAUUGCUGUAAAAUACGAUACGGUGAAAGAAAUAGAGCAGAGGAAUUUGAACAUGACAAGAAUUAAAAAAAAUAACUUGGUAGCACUUUUUCAUCGAACUUUUGUUACCAAACCCGGUAGAUUUGAAGACGCUGUUGCCAUUAUUCAGAAUAAACCAGAAUAUAAAGCAUUAGAAAAUGAGCCUGAUAUAAUCAAGGAAUUAUUCAGUUCGUUUGUGCCCAGUAAACAGCCGCAAGCUAAUACUCAAAACUUAAGCCGAAAAAGAAAGGCCACUGCUUUAGUUCAGAUGGAUUACUGA